AUGUUUAUCAUUCUCAUGAGAAAUGAAACUCUUGAAACCAAACCAACGGUUGAACCCGAGGAACAUAUUACGAAAAAGUAUAUCACGCUCAGCUGGGCACGAAUUCAAAAACGUAAUUUGGGCGUUGAGAGCAUGACGAAUGAAGUUGAGUUGAAUGGUAAUGGUAAUGGUAAUGGUAAUAGUAAUGGUAAUAGUAAUGGUUAUGGUGACAGCGGUAACAAGAGAAAGAGUGAGUGCGUGAGUGCGUGA